AUGGCUACUUUCGACGGCGGUGACGGUAGUGUGCUUACCGGCGAUCCUGAAGAUCUAGCAGCGUCGGCUGCCGCAGUUGAGGAAGAACAUAGUCAAGAUUCUUCGAGUAACAGUCAAGGUUGUGCUGAAGAUGAAGGUAGAGGGCAGAAAAGGGGUUUCUCGAACUCUACUUCGGGACGAUGGGAUAGCUCAGCUUCGUGGGGCGACUGGGACCAUCAGCGGGAUGAGGACCACCAUUGGGAAGAUCAAUGGUGGUGCGAUGGCUGGCAUAAUUGGCAGUCUGGAUGGACCGGAUCCUGGAAGGGUCGUGAUGGCCAGCAGGACAACCACAACCAUGACGAGAGCGACGAGUGGGAGUCAGACCCUUGGGCCGCCGCCUGGCGGAAGAAGCAAGACGAACGGGGAGAUCGGCGCAGUGGCUGCUGGCGAGAACCUCGAUGGUGCGGAGAUCGACGUGGAGCCGAUCAAGUUCCGGAGGCGGAUGGUCGAGCUGAUCUUCGACGGGAAUACGAUCGACCGGAUCCAACUCGUGAAAAAUCAUCAGUGUGGAGCGGCUGGAAGCACUUCACCAACAGCGACUGGAGCGACCAGAGCUCGCAUGCCAGCGAUGAAAGCCGGCGGACUGGUGGAGGAAGGCCUUCUGAGAAGCUUACUGUUCCGAGCUUCUCGGGGGAGGACUCCGAAGACGUUGGGACUUCGGCCAGGUCGUAUCUUCGACAAGUUGAAGCUUGGAGACGCAUGACUUUGCUCCCCAGCCACCAGCAAGGACUCGUCCUUUACCAGCACUUGACGGGCAAGGCGUGGGUGGCUGCGGAAGAGCUCAGCGUGGACAACCUCGCCAAGGCGGCCGGCGUCGAGUACCUGGUGAAAUGGAUCACGAACAGAUACCUGGAUUUGGAGGUCACCCGUAUCGGCAAAGCCUUUUCAGAGUUCUUUCGCCGCCUCAGGCGAAAGCCGGGACAGACCAUUCGGGACUACAACAGCGAGUACGACAGGCUUCACGCUCGCCUUCGAGAAGUCGGGUGCAACCUUCCCGAGGACUGUGCUGCUUGGCUGUACGUUGAUAGACUUCAGCUUGAGGAGGCUGCAGAGCUCAACUUGCUGGCCAGCGUCGGCAACAUGUACUCGCUUCCUCGACUGCAGCAAGCGGCCGUGAUCCACGACCGUGGACAUCGCAAACCCUGGGAAUCAGGGAACUCGGGCAAGGGGCGGAGGCCUCACACCGCCCACUACACGGAGGCGGAUGACUCCUUCAACUCCGAGAACGACGAUGGCGACGGCGAGGAUGGCGAGGCCGGGGUCUCCGAGGAAGUGGCCGUGGCUUAUGCGACCUACCAGACCGCAAAGCAAAGGUACAAGGAGCACCAGAAGAACCGCGGGUUUAACGGCUACACGAACGAGGGCAAGGGCGAGACUUCCCAGUCCGGGAAAGGUAAUGAGAAAACCAGCGAGAAGAUCAAGCUGAUGAAGGCCAAGUCGUUCUGUUCCGGAUGCGGAAGGCGAGGACAUUGGCAUAAAGACGCGGAGUGCCCGCACAACCAGCCAGGACACCAAAAGAAUGGCGACAAGUCUUCCAGUAAGGCGGCCGAAGUGGGCUAUUGCAACCUCCUCCCUGCAGAGGUCUUCUCCAUUCGGCAUGAGGAUGCAGGGCUCCUUGGCAUCACGGACACAGCAUGUGCCCGCACGGUGGCCGGCACCCAGUGGCUGCAAGCCUACACCGACAAGUUGGCUACCUUGGGCGUCCGGCCAGAGCUCAAGAAGGAGUGUGAAGCUUACCGUUUUGGUACUGGGAAGAUCUACUACUCCUCCUUCUACGUGGUCCUGGCAUUCGAGCUUGGCAAUAAGGUUGUGCAGGUGAGAACUUCGAUCAUCAAUGGCGAUGUCCCGCUCCUUCUUUCCAAAACAGUCUUGGGCAAGCUCGGCAUGGUCUUCGACAUAGAGAGAGGGCAAGCCGAUUUCAACAAGGUGGGGCUCAAAGGGUUCGACCUUUUCGUUACUUCUUCAGGGCACCCUGCCAUCCCAAUUCAGCCGACCAAAAUGGACGGCGAUCCUGGCUCCUUCCAGGCCGAAGACUUGAAGCUUGUGCCCAAGAGUCAAUAUAUGGCGUUUGCAGUUGCGCAUAACCCCGGGAAUGCUAAAAGCAAAGACUCCUAUAACUUCUUCUACGACAAGAAGCUAGAGCCCGGAGUCAAGGAAAUGCUUGUUCGAGAAAGGUUCCCACAAGAUGACUUUAUAGCAUGGUGGAGCAGCACUUCAACCACUUCAGACUUUUGGCUAGAAUGUGAUCAUGCUUGGGUAAGGAUCCAUGUUACUCCCCGCAAAGUUCUCUUCAAUCCCUCGACAUGGAAGACACGUGCUACAGUGCAGAAGGAGAUGCUUGUUCAGACUGCCGGUGAGAUCAGGGUGACAGAUGGCGUUUGUUGCACUUCCAGUAGGUGGAUUGAGUCAGUCGUUGAUAGGUGGGAGCAUGACAGACUCGAUGAGCCCGCCUUCGCAUUUCACUGGGCGCCAUGCAAGCCUCGUCCCAUCAACCACAUGAGCAAGACUCAGCUGCUCGAGGAGGCGAACCGCGCCGGGGUGAUUGUCCAUCACACUUGGGGAGCCACGGAGAUCAAAGCUUGCAUCAUGGAGGCCCGGAAUGCGGCAAAGGCUGCAGACCCCACGGAGCAGAUGAAGAGGGUUUCGCACAUGAGCUUGCCAGAGCUGCGAACAAAGGCGAACGAGUUGGGGAUCGACUAUGCCAACACGACAACAAAAGGCAACUUGCUUCGCCUGAUCAGGGACUCGCUCAAUACUCCAGAUCAAGAACUUAUGAAGAUAGGAAAAUUCAAGGGGUAUCAAUUCUGCGAGAUCCCGAAGAGCUACGGCGAGUGGGUAGUUCGAGAGCUAGCCCAAGCAGACAGCCCGGACCCGGAGCUUGUGCGGUACGGGAGGUGGUUCAACAACAAGCAGAAGAACCCGGAGACGAGAGGCUACCUGGGAGACCAGGUGGCGCCACCAUACCCGAGCUCUACGGCGGCCACUCGAGGACCAGAGUCGAUCGCUGCAUCGACUACCCCCUCGGCCAAGGAAUCCUGGAGCCUUGUGAGCGACAAGGCCAGUGCGUCGUCGACUACAACCACGAGACGCAGGACCCGGAUGGAAGCCGACGAGACCAAGAAGAUGGAGGACGAGAUGGACCCCAAGGUAGCGGCGGAGAUUCAAGACCUCGAGACGAAGUUGGCGAUCCUGAAGGACAAGGCCAAGACCGCAAGCUCCGAUCGGAACGAGGACACCGAGAAGGAGCCCGACUCUAACAAUGUCCUCGAGACCCCUCCUCGCGAUGAAGGACCUUUGCAGAGCAGCGAAGUUGGCGGCCGUAAGUGCUGCCCAGAGCUCCCCCGCGAUUGCUUCUUCUCCGAACUGGAGUUUGUGAAGGCCUAUCGCGACAAGCAUGAGGUCUGCGUGAUUGAUUUUGACCCGGGCGACCUCGCGCCACCCGAGACCGAUGAGGACCACGACCUCUUCUAUGACGUCCCGGACGAGGGCGAGGGCCUGGAAGUGUACGAGUGCAAGGAGUUCACCUUCGAAGACCGAGUCGGCUUUGCAUAUGACUCAGGCGACUUCGCCUUCAGCACGUGCCAGGAACUCCUUGAAGAUGCGUUCAACUCUGUGCUCCGAGGCGGAGGUGGCAGGAGCAAUAUCAUCGACGGUGCCAAGAACAGCGUGGUGCUUGGACAGUACGUUUAUGGCGGCAUGAGUGGCGUCACCAAAGCGGUGGUCAACCAUACCGCCCUGACUCGGUACCUUAAUCACUUUGUUGCAGCGCACACUCCUCAAGGCGCUACCUGGAGAGCAAUCAGCGUCUUCAAAGGAGGGUCCGUGAAGGUCCAUCACGACUACAACAACGAGGCCGGGUCGCGCAACUAUUUUGCCUCCUUCGGACAGACUUCUGGAGGCGAGUUGUGGGUCCACGACAGCACCAUCACCGAGAGCGACGUCGCUGAGGACAAGGACCGGGUCAUCCAAUGGCGGAGGACCGGAGCGAAAGAGUGGCUGCCUGGCAGGCUGCUCGAUUCACAGGAGAACUUUGUCGAGUUUGACCCCCAUAUCAAGCACCACGUGAUGCCGACCGAGGGAGAAGCCUGGCAGGUGGUGGUCUACACACCGCGCGGAGCCGAGAAAGUGAGUGCCGACACCGAAAAGUUCCUUAAGAACUGCGGCUUCCCCGGCAUCAAGAGCAAAAAACGGACCAAGGGCGAGGGCGGCGGGAGGCCAUCAAAGAAACAGCGGAACUCCCUCGCCAACUCCGUUGGGAAGCUCAGCGUCCUUUUCACCACCCUCAUCGCGGCGGCUCACUCCUUUAUAUGCGAGGCCGUGCAGAGCGAGGUGAUCAAUGACCCGAUUGUCCUGCUCGAGCUUGGCGGCUUCGAGGCCACUUUGGAGGCCACCGAAAUGGGCAAGGCCGUGCUCGAGCCGCUCUCCUGGGAGGAUUACCUCGACCCCGGCGUCAAGGACAAGACCCUUCACUUUGUAAAGGCCGUGCGCCGGAAGAGACCCACGACGACCUCAAGAUCCUCGUCAGGGAACAAACUAGAAGGCGGAGGGGCAGUGGUGUUACAAGGCGGUCAGCCCGAGCUUGUCGUCAACAACCUCCAGCACUACCAGCGCUAUAGCAACAACCACGAGGGGGAGGACUGGACGGUGCUAGCCCGACCCGGGAGCAGCAAGUAUCUCGAGGUCCCGGGCAACCUCAACCCCCACCAGGUGCUUGUGGUUAACGACGACAAGGACAGACAUGAAGAGAAGCCGUUGAGGAUAGAUGGAUCUGGCAUUGUCUUUGAGGAGGGCGUCCCCGGACAUGUGCGUUCCGCACUCAAGAGACUGCACCAGAAUCUUGGACACCCAAGGACGCCGGAUCUAGUACGUCAUCUCCGACUUUCUGGAUGUGAAUCCGCUGUGCUGAAGGCGGCCAAAGGGAUGAAAUGCCAGGUCUGUGACUCCACCAAGGACCCGCAGGUAGCCAGACCCGCUUCUAUGCCAAGAAUGUUAACCUUUGGCGAGAUUGUGGCUGCGGACAUCCUGUACGCCCACGACUGCAACGAUAGCCGACACGUCUUCCUGUCUCUGGUGGACGUUGGCACGACCUACCACAUCGUGAUAAAGCUCCGGAACACCAGCGGCAAGGAAGUCGAGCAGGCUUUCAACACCUACUGGGUGACGCCUUUCGGCGCCCCCAAUGCCGUCUCUCUCGAUCUCGAGACAGGCUUGCAGGACGGCUUUUCGAGGUUAUGCAGUUGGCAUAACGUGAAGAUUCGCAAUUCAGCGACCCAAGCUCACUUCCAAUCGGGGGUGGGCGAAAGACAGGGUAAGUGGUGGAAGAAUAUAUGGGCCCGCGUGUGCAAGGAGCUCUCGAUCGAGGCUGACGAGGUGCAGUUGGCAGCAACCAUGGUGAGUGGGGCGAAAAACAGCCUCAGGAGGCGCUGUGGCCACUCCCCGACUGCAUGGAUAUUUGGCCGUGAAGCUCGUGGCGUCGAGGAUGUUCUCGAUCCUGACAGCGGAGGACGUGUGACCUUCGACGUCUCGGACGACGCUCGCUUCCAGAGGCAGGCGGCAAUACGGGCAAGCGCCCGUAUAGCUUUUUAUAAAUCAGAAAAUGAUGGAAAGCUCCGUAAAGCACUUCUUCAACGAGCACGUGCUGUCACUCGGCCCUUCGAGAACGGCGAGCAGGUGCACUAUUGGAAUCUUCCGAAAAACAGGAGGCAGGGACGCUGGGAGGGUCCAGCCGUGGUCGUGGGCAAGGAAGGGAGCAACUACUGGGUGUCCCGAGGGGGGCGCUGCAGGCUGACUGCGCCAGAGCACCUCCGGCCGUCGGGACCCGACGAAACGGGUGAAUUCCUGGCGAUGAAUGGUGUCAAGCGGGAGUUGGACCAGCUGCUCCAGGCAGACUUCGACAACGAUGAGGCGUACGACAGCGAGGACGAGGGCAACCCCGGAGACCUCGACGACAUCGACUCGCCGUACUCCCCGUCCGACAACCCCGUCGACGACGAGGAAAUGGCCGAGGAAGGCAACGGCAACAAGGACGAGCUCGACAAGGGCGACUUCGAUGACGAAGGAGACGUUGUCCUCGAACCACCCGGCGACCCCAACGACGAUGUCGACAAUAACCUCACCGACGCGCGGGAGGACGAGAAGCGAGGAUGGCCGGCGUCUCGGAUGAAGAGGAAGACGCCGCCCGAAGACAUCGACUGGAAGGGACAGGACAAUUUCCUGUCCUACAGCGUCAUGAUGAUGAAGCGUCAUCUGACAAGGCGAGGGCUCGAGAAGAGGCAGGAAAAGGAGUUAAGGUGGGACGAGAUCCCGCCCCACUUCCAGCAGAAGUUCAGGGAGGCGGAAGCAAAGCAAUGGAGCGAGCAUCUGCACUUCGAUGCUUUGGAGCCUCUCGAUGACGCUGCCACCGAGUACGUGAAGAACAACUUUCCCAAAGAAAGAGUGUUGCGCUCUAGAUGGGCAUACAAAGACAAAAAUUGGUCGAGGAGGAGAUUGGAGGGGCAAGCCGAGUGGCGCUGUAAGUCGCGCCUUGUGAUAGCAGGACACACCGACCCGGAUUUGGCUUCGGGACGACUUGUCACAGACGCCCCGACGCUUUCGAGGCCUGGACUGCUUUGCUUGCUACAACUGCUCGCAAAUGGACUUGGAGAACCUGAUCGGUGGCGGGUGUCGGCUGGAGACAUUCAGUGUGCCUUUCUGACGGGCAGCUAUCUUAGCCGAGAGGAAGAAUUGUUCAUACACCAACCACCAACUGGCUUCCCAGGGAUGAAGCCUGGACAGUUGGUUCGGGUCAAGAAGAACAUAUUUGGCUUGGCUACGAGCCCUCGGGAGUGGUGGUUGGACCUUCAGGACGGCAUCGGCAAGAUUAGCAUCGACAUCGGAGAGAGCUGCCAUCGUUUUGAGCAGUGCCCGCUGGACCCCUGCAUCUUUGUCCUCAGACAGUUCUCGAACGCGAACUUCACCGGGGUCCCGAAGGGCUACGUCGGAACCCAUGUCGACGACCUGCUGGUGAUUGCGGGCGCCUCUGUCUCGAAGCUUAUGGAAGAAGCGCUGGCGCAGGCUUUUCCCAUCGGAGAAUGGGAGAGCGAGCUCUUCAACUAUUUGGGGUCUGAGAUCUACUUUGGCGACGACGAGGUGGUGCUCUCCCAGCAGGCCUAUGCUGAGAGCCGGCUUUUCUCCUUGGACAUACCGCGUGGCGUGGACGACAACGACUACGCUGGCCCGGACCUCAUCGCGGACAACCGAAGUCUGGUGGGAGCACUGUCCUGGUUGUCGGCGCAGUCUAGGCCGGAUCUCACCUGCUCUGUGAGCAUGGCGCAGCAACUCCAGAAACAGCCCACCUUUGCGGACUUGAAGUUCACCAAUCUCGUCUCUAAGAAAGCAUACGACCACAGAGAGGAAGGCCUCAGGUUCAAGCCCAUCCCGGCCGAUGAGCUCAUCGUCAUCAUCUACCACGAUGCUGGAUGGGCCAACGCCAGAGACACAGAGCACGACGAGCCCGGCUUCGAGCUGACUGACGAAGACAAGUUGGCAGGGCUGCAGCAAGAAGGGCCUUUCGUGGCAAAGAGUGCGAGGAAGGCGAGGAGACAGAACUCGAAGGUGGCCUCCCAGCUUGGGGAGCUGAUCGUCUUUGCGGAGAAGGGCUGUGUCAUGGGAAAAGGGGGAAAUUUCAGUGUCUUGGAUUGGAAAUCCAAGGCCGGGCAGAGAGUGUGUAGGAGCACGUUCUCAGCAGAGACGCAAGCUUGCGUGGAAGGAGUAGAAGCCGGGCAACAUGUUCGGGCGCUUUUCGAGACGCUGGCCAGUGGGGAGUUGGUGAGGGUCGAGGACAGCCGCGUCCCUCUGAUUUGCCUGAGCGAUUGCCGGUCGUUAUACGACCAUGUUCACAAGCAAGGGGUCCCAAGGAUCCCGUCGGAUCGUAGAUUGGCCGUAGACCUUGCUGCCCUUCGCCAAGCCCUAAAAGGGGAACAGUGGAGUAGCAAGCUUCCCUUGGCAUGGCUCGCCAGCGCAUAUCAGCUGGCCGAUGUGCUGACGAAGCCGCAGGACCCCAGUAAGUGGUGGCAAUUUUUCAGAAGCAAGCUGUUGGUGCCAGUAGAUUUGAGCAGGGAGGCUUCGACCAGCAUAGAGCUGGGGAAACUAGGGAGGACCAGUGUGAAGCAUAAAGUUGAGUGUGAUCACCUGCCAUCUCCGUACGAGUUUUUGAUAGAGAACGCUGGUCCCCCUUGA